AUGAAUCGCAUUCGGUCCGUAGCCAUUCUGGCUCUGGGCUGUUUUUGGCUCGCGGGCCCGGGCAGGAAGACUUGCUCUCGGCAGAGACCAGAGCCCGUUUGGGCGUCGGCCAUGGCGACGGCCUCGCGUCAAGCUGAUGUGGAGGGCUACGAAUGUCUCGGUGAGCCGCCGGGCACUUGGGCCGGCGUCGAGGAGCGGCUGGGCUUCCUGGGAGGAGCCGCCUCUCUCGCGGUGAGCAUGCUGGGCACCGGCAUCGUGGCCUCGCCCUACUGCUUCGCCCUUUGCGGCUGCCUCGGCGGCCCGGCGGCGCUGCUCGUGCUGGGGGGCCUCGUGCAGCUCUCGUACGCGUCGCUCAUCCGCUGCACCAGCCAGCUGCGCGUCCCGUCCUACGGGGGCCUCAUCGAGCGCUCUGAGGGCGCGCACGCGGUGCCCCGGGCCUGGAGCCGGUACACGAACGUGGCCCUGUGGCUUCUGCUGAUCCUCGCCACGACGGCCUGCGUGCUCAUCUCCGCGCACAUCAUCCGCAGCGUGGCCUCGCAGGCGCUGCACGCGUCCAGCCCAGGGCUCUUGCUGAGCAACCGAGGCCUCUUUGCCACAACGGGGGUGGCGGAUUUUGAUUGCUAUCUACCCGCUUUGUUUAGCAACGUCUCUGCAUGGACUCUCAUGGAUAUCCACCUACUGCUCCGGCGCGAUCCUCGCUGUGGUAGCCCUUAUCACGUGGGAAGCGUAUGGCAUCUCCAGCGCCUCGCCGUUGCCUGCAUCUGA